AUGACACUUAUUUCUUCAAUUUCAAAGAUUAGCUCAGUUAAUAUUAAUUGUUUAAAUAAUACAAUUUCAAAUGGUGUUUCUAGCCAAUCAUUAACAUCUUAUGGUGGUAGUGAAUCAACAAGUUUGGUUAAUGCAGAUAUUAUGGCUAAUUUAUUAGGUAUUCUUGGUAUUAGAAUUAAAGCUGAAGUUCUCUAA